AUGACCACGAUGGCUGCUGUUGCCUCCUCAACCCAUCUCCAUCUCCACCUCAACCAUCUCAUCAUCAACCACGACAAACCAGCAUCGAACAGCACCAGCAGCAAGCUCGGCGCUACUAACAAGCAACAGCAAGAACAGACUGCUGCCACCCACAAAACCCAGCCAAACCACGACCACCACCAACUCGGCAAGCUAUGGGAACAGGCACUCCAGCAGCCUAUCAACUCCCGACCAUCCCAAUCUAACUCGGUUACCAAUCAAGUUGCAACCUCGUGGAUCAGACCCCAGCCGAUAGGACCCGGAUUUUACAAUACCGGUAAUACCUGCUUCUUAAAUGCUACUCUUCAGGCCCUGGUCCAUACACCUGCACUGGCCAUCGGCCUCAUGGACAGAGAUGAACAUUCUCCCGAAUCAUGUGGCUUGGCUCGCGACAAAAAGUUUUGUGCACUUUGCCGAAUGUAUAGACUCGUCAACAUGUGCUUUGAAAAAGCUUCCUAUCCGCCACAUGCUAUCGAACCUUCGCCUAUCAACAGAGCUCUCUCCAAAUUUGCCCCUACCAUGAGGGGCGGCCGUCAAGAAGAUGCCCACGAGUUUUUGAGAUUAUUGGUUGAAGCGAUGCAGAACGGCGCCUUACAAGGUCGAGCGGAAAAAGCCAAGCAAAAGCAAAAAGAAUCUACCUUUGUCCAUCGGAUGUUUGGUGGCAAGCUCAGAUCGCGAGUCGUCUGUGAACACUGCAAUACGCCUAGCGAUACAUUUGAUAACUUUUUAGACCUCAGCCUCGACAUCUCUCAAGCCAACAGUGUAGCGUCGGCGCUGAAGGCUUACCAUAAAUUUGAUCGUCUCAGAGGCGCAAAUCAGUACAAAUGCGACAAAUGCAAGUGUUUACGCGAUGCCAAGAAAUCUAUGUCCGUUUUCUCCGCCCCUCCAAUCCUCACCUUACAUCUGAAGCGGUUCAACUUCCGAGGGAAGAAGAUCAACAAGCGGGUGAAUUUUGAAGAUUCGCUGGAUCUGAAGCCAGCAAUGAGCAACGAAUCCGAUAUCACGGGUUACAAACUAUACGCUGUCGUGUGUCAUCGUGGCCAAUCUAACAAGAGUGGGCACUACUAUGCGCACGUUAAGGCUGCCAACGGCAAGUGGUAUGUUGCGGAUGAUUCGACCAUUGAGUCGAUUUCUGACUCAAGAACCGUCCUGGCAAACGAACAUGCAUAUAUCCUGUUUUAUGCUCGCGACCGAGAGAGCCUCUUAUCUGCUGCAAUCGCUGGCAAUCGCCAGUCCGCCUCGACGUCCAACUUGAACGGUAAAGAUCGCGGCUCACUCUCUAAGAGAAAAUCUUCUAUCUCCGACGAUAGCCAUUUGCCAGCCAACGGAACUUGUAGAAAGGCUAGUAAACAAAUUGACCGAAACGAGAAUGGAUGCAAACGCAUGAAGACGGGUCCAAUCAACUCGGAUGAAUCACCCGCAAAAUCAUUCAUCGGUCCAGUCCUCCCCCGCCAAUCAAUGCCAUCCUUCAAGUUCAAUGACACCCAUCCCGAUGGCACGGAGAGUGCGCGAGGAUCACCGACUAAAUCUAAGCAAAGUCCCAAACAGGAUGGUCAACAAUCUGGCGGGGGCUCUCGAGCGAGAUCGCCCUCCUCGCAGUCUACCUCAAAUAACAACCCAACCGGUCAGCAGGGCCAGUUUUCUGAUGACCAAGUCGAGCAACCGAUGAACCAGAUGAAGAAGAAGAAACGUAACCGUAAAGCUAAAAACAAAAAUCGCAAAAUAGUCAACAUUGCCGGAACACAAGUCAACCAGGUCUCGAACUUCAAACCUCGUCUGAUCACUGGUUAA